AUGAGGCCCCUGUUAAGCCACUCAACGAGGCUUUCAAGAAACGUUAUACAAAAUCGCGUUCUACAUCACCCAAUACCUCUCCUAGUUCGUCGCAACUUUACAAGCUCUGUUGCUCAUCAACAUGAUCAGAAUUCUGAUAUAGCGACGAAGACUUCUCAACGUCCUUCAGAAGAGCUGGAUAAACAAGGCAAAAAAGAUGAUCGAUCCAUGAGGAAGCCAUCAAGACUGGCGGCUCUAAAGAAGCGUAGCCAGAAUGUUAUCAACAAGGAGACGAAGGUCAAAGGAGGAGAAACAAAUCAGCGUUAUAUCCUUGGGCAACCAGCCGACAAGCCAAUCCGUACACGUUUUGCGCCGUCACCUACUGGAUAUCUGCACCUUGGCUCUCUAAGAACCGCAUUGUUCAACAAUUUGGUGGCCAAGACUACAGAGGGUGGUGAUUUUAUUAUUCGAAUUGAAGAUACUGAUCAGAAUCGUUUGGUGCCUGAUGCUGAAGAACGAAUCUUCAAAGAUCUCGAAUGGGCCGGUCUUGAAUGGAGCGAAGGACCUGAUAAAGGAGGUCCAUACGGCCCCUAUCGACAAUCAGAACGUUUGGAGACAUAUAAAGAACACACCCAGACCUUGCUAGAAAAUGGUUCUGCAUAUCGCUGCUUCUGUGAUCAAACAGUCCUCGAAGCUCAGAAGCGAGCUCUUCACGAGGCUGGCAAAUCUACGGCCUACCCUGGCACAUGUCGUACCAUCCCGCGCUCUGAGUCUGAUGAGCGAGCCUCCAAGGGCGAAGCCCAUAUCGUUCGGCUUGACUCUGCUCGCUUCGGCACACCAAAUUUCAAGGAUGCUAUCUACGGACCUUUCCAGAAGAAAGAGCCUGAAGAGGACUUUGUUCUUAUGAAAAGGGAUGGGUAUCCUACGUACCAUCUUGCCAAUGUGGUUGAUGAUCAUCUAAUGAAGAUUACACAUGUCAUCCGUGGCGAAGAAUGGCUCAUCUCAACCCCCAAACAUCUGGCCCUCUAUGAGGCUUUCGGUUGGGAACCCCCGACCUUUGCUCACCUGGGCCUUCUCGUCAGCAACAACGGAUCUAAACUUAGCAAACGCGAUAGUAGCGUCGACCUGUCGACUUAUAUGGACCAGAACGUCUUUCCUAUGGCUUUACAAGCGUGGCUUGCCAACCUAGGUGCCUCUUUGAGGAAAGAUGCGAAGACACCGAGAACUCUUAGUGAUGUUGCCGAGAACUUGACUUACAAGUUCACCCGAGGAGGCAUCAAACUCAACCCAACUAAGCUCGACUUCUUCCAGCGCGAGUAUCGAAACCUCCUUACCAAAACCCCUACUCCCGAACACACAUCUCGCGAGCAGGAACUUAUAAGAGAUUAUCUUGUGACUCCCCUUGUCAACGAAGUUCAUGCCAUCACUGCCUCCUCCCAGUCCCUUUCUGAUGACUACAUGCCCAUUCAACCCACGGGCACCCCUCUCGACUGGCCCGCCCCUUUAACUCCUGUUCCAGCCAUGCUCUCAUCAGAAUCAUCUCAGUCAUACACCUCCAAGAUAAUCUUUCAAGAAACUGUACGAUACGCCUCUGUAGCUAACUUGGCCCGUUUGCUGCCGUACUUCUUCUGGCGCCCUCCCCCUGAUAUCUACCGAGCGGCCAUCGUCACCGAGACUCCGCGUCUCGAGUUAGUCGAAUUGGUCAACAAGACCGUGCAAGGGAAUGACGACUGGGAAACGGCCCUUGACCGCUUAUUUGAGAGUAUCCCUUCUGACCAGGCUCCCGACCUACAUGCUAUUCUUCGCCUAAUUGCGACUGGUGAUUCACAAGCCGUCAGCAAAUCGUCCCGCAUCCUGUUUGAUGUGUUAGGUCAAGAUGAGUGGCGAUUCCGUGCGAAUCUCGUGGCUUCUUUGCUUGGUGAGCUAGAAUCUAGUGGGCCAACUCUCCGUCAGGACUGGAUGGAGAACAGAGGUCUGUUAGCUCCAGAAGCCGAACGCAUUCGGUAG